UGUUGGGCUACUAUGUUUAAAGAGCCUUGAUCGGGACAGUGAGGAGGGCUGACUUGGACCAGCCUCCUUUUGCACCAGAUGUCCCUGGGAGAGACAGAGUAGCUGUUCGAGGAAGAGCAGAGGGAGCAUUUUUGUCGCUGGAAUGGCCAGGUGGAGUGUGUGGCGCAGCCCCGGGGCCCUGCUCCUGACCUUGAGAGCAGGGCUGCCAACAUCUGGUGUGCGCAGCAGCAGCAGCAGCAUGCCAGUGGCCAGACAGGCUUACCCAGAAAGCAACAGGUUUGUAAAGCCCUUCAGUGAGAUUCCCGGGCUAUGGAGGAACGGGGUGGCCAACUUGUACAAUUUCUGGAAACUGGAUGGCUUUAAGAAUCUUCACCGCAUCAUGCUGCAUAACUUCAACACUUUUGGACCCAUUUACAGAGAGAAAAUAGGUUAUUACGAAAGUGUGAAUAUCAUAAAUCCUGAGGAUGCAGCUGUCCUUUUCAAAGCAGAGGGCUACUAUCCUAAAAGGCUUAAAGUUGAAGCCUGGAUAGCAUACAGAGACUACAGGAACCUGAAAUAUGGAGUUUUGCUCAAGAACGGAGAAGACUGGCGAUCAAACAGAGUGGUUCUCAACAAGGAGGUGAUCUCCCCGAAGGUGCUGGGGAACUUUGUGCCUUUGCUGGAUGAAGUGGGCCAGGAUUUUGUGGUCCGAGUUAAUAAAAAGAUAGAGCGAAGUGGUCAGAACAAAUGGACCACUGACCUUUCUCAUGAACUCUUUAAAUAUGCACUGGAAUCGGUGAGUUCAGUGCUGUACGGUGAGCGUCUGGGUUUGAUGCUGGACUACAUUGACCCUGAGGCUCAACAUUUCAUUGACUGCAUCACCCUCAUGUUCAAAACUACCUCACCUAUGCUGUACAUUCCCCCGGGCCUGCUAAGAGUGACUGGAGCCAAGGUGUGGCGGGACCAUGUGCAGGCCUGGGAUGGCAUCUUCAGCCACGCGGACCGAUGCAUCCAGAACAUCUACAGGCAGUUACAUCAGGAAAGAGGCACUCCAAAGAAAUACCCAGGAGUCCUGGCUAGCCUGCUCAUGCUGGACAAGCUGGCCAUUGAAGACAUCAAGGCCAGUGUCACUGAGCUGAUGGCUGGAGGAGUAGAUACGACCUCCAUAACUCUGCUGUGGACGCUGUAUGAGUUGGCCAGACAUCCCAACCUCCAGGAGGAGCUGAGGGCCGAGGUGAUCGCUGCCCGGGCUGAAAGUCAGGGAGACAUGAUGGAGAUGCUGAAGCGAGUCCCUUUGGUCAAAGGAGCACUGAAGGAAACACUGAGGCUGCAUCCUGUUGCAGUGAGCUUGCAAAGAUACAUAACAGAAGACAUCAUUAUUCAGAACUACCACAUACCAUCUGGGACUCUGGUUCAAUUAGGGCUUUACGCAAUGGGCAGAGACCCCAAGGUGUUCUUCCGUCCCGAGCAGUACCAGCCGUCCCGCUGGCUGAGGACAGAGAGUCACUACUUCAGGAGCCUGGGCUUCGGCUUCGGCCCACGCCAGUGUCUGGGACGCAGAAUAGCCGAGACGGAGAUGCAACUCUUCCUCAUCCAUAUGCUGGAGAAUUUCCGAGUGGAGAAACAGCGGCAGGUGGAGGUACAGAGUACGUUUGAGCUCAUUCUGUUGCCUGAGAAGCCUAUUUUAUUGACUCUGAAGCCUCUGCAAAGUAAUCGGUGACCAACUUGCCGAGGAAACGGUGAUGUGUGUCGAGAUACAUUUUUGUGUAGUUCCCUCACAGUUAGUGACAUAAAUGACACCUCUGAACCUUAGACCCUCACUGAGGUCAAGGAAAACUCCCAUGGUAAUCCCAUUAGGAAGAUACAUGUGCAUGAACAAAUUACCCCUGUAACUGCAAAAUUGGGCAAUAUAUUUAUAUCACCUAGUGUGUAAUGAUGAAAAUGUGUAGUCCAUGUGGGUGCUGUAUACAUGGAGUAACAUGGUGCAAAGUUUUAGUUUCUUAAUAAUCUACUAUAUCAACCACUGAUAAAUAAAAGAAUACAA